ACAUUUCAUCUGCAAUUAUUUUGUUCUCUUUGACGUUUACUCCACGCUUAAACUGCGUGUUUUGCUCAUUUUUGUUUUUAAAGAAAUAUUUCGGGAAUUAGGGUUCGCUCGUGGCCAAAAAUUAAGAUAGAGCAACUAGGAAGCGUAUUUGAUGAUGAGCAAUAUUGAACUGAUUUUCAAGGAUUAUUACUGAUAAGUAAGCAGACGCCGAACGGGUUUUUUAUUAUCGCAUUAACAAUUUCAAGAAAGUUAAGAACUGAGUUUCGUUUAUUUAUCUACUUAUUUAUUGUGAAAUAAGCUGUUUAAAAGCUUCUGAAAAGUGCGAGGAUAUCAUUUUCAUAUUGCAAACUUUAUGUUGAGGCAUCCAAUGACUCAAGUUGAAGAUGACCAUUUCCUACUCUUUGGACGUUUCUAAGGCUCAAUUUGGAGGAUUCACAAAGCUCUUAGCAAGAUGGAAAGGCAGUAUAUACAAAAUACUAUGGAGAGAAUUCCUGGUAUUUUGCACAGCAUAUGCAGUCAUUAGUUGGAUGUACAGGUGUUGGCUGAACGAGUUCCAAAGAACUUUGUUCGAGAAAGUAGUGCUCUUUGUCGAGACGUUCACAGAUCUCAUUCCACUGUCGUUUGUCUUGGGCUUCUACGUAUCCCUUGUCAUAGGAAGAUGGUGGAGUCAGUACGAAGUCAUACCAUGGCCAGACAGGGCUGCUUUCAAGAUCUCAACAUAUGUCCACGGAUCAGACGAGCGCAGCAGGAUGAUCCGCCGGACACUGGGCAGAUAUCUCAUUCUCACCAAAUUGCUGACCUUCCAGAUGGUCAGUACGGCUGUAAAAAAACGAUUUCCAACCACUCAGCAUUUAGUUUCAGCAGGUAUGAUGACUAAAGAAGAAUGGUCCAUCUAUGAGAAACACGAAUUUUCAUAUGGAAAAUGGUGGCUGCCUUGUCACUGGUUUUGUGCCCUAGCUAUGAGGGCGAAAAAAGAAGGGAGAAUCAAAGAUUCCAUAUUGCUGGAUGGUUUGCUUCAGGAAGCUCUUGACUUCAGAACGGCGUGUGCAAUCAUGAUUGGUUAUGAUUGGAUUAGCGUUCCUCUGGUUUAUACACAGGUAGUAACGAUUGCUACUUAUGUAUAUGCAGCAGCCAUGGUCAUUGGAAGGCAAUACCUAGAUCCGCUUAAGGGUUAUCCAAGGAAUGACAUUGACCUGUAUGUGCCAUUCUUUACACUCCUACAAUUUUUUUUCUACAUUGGAUGGCUGAAAGUAGCUGAACAAAUACUAAAUCCUUAUGGAGAAGAUGAUGAUGAUUUUGAGUUAAACUGGUGCAUUGACAGAACUGUAAAUCUUGUUUACCAGUCUGUGGACCUAAUUCAGAUGAAACAUCCAAAAGUAUGUAGAGAUGCAUUUUGGGACAAAGUAGAGGUACAGCUGCCACAAACAAAACGAUCCGUUCGAAACAUGAACAUGCCAAUGGGAUCAGCUUUCUAUUUUCACGUUGAUGAAAACGUGAAAUAUCUACCAGUUGAUGAACUACUAGAGCAAGACAAAGAGGAAAAUAUAUAUGUGAGCAACUCAAUGAAAAAAACUACGACUUCUAGGCCAUCCCUCAUGAGAAGAGUUCUAAAUUCAGGAUUGGUUCAGAGCAUCCGAAGUAGACCUGGUCGUAAGAAAAAUACCAUGAAAAGCUUAUCUUAUCCUCAAGGUAAUAUUAAUGUAGCUUUUGAAGAAGAUACUGAAAUACUCAAACCAAUUAAAUAUGACAAUCGAACAAAUUUUGAAAGAUUGUCACGAAAAGUUAGCCCAACACUUAGUCAGGACUCAAAUGUUUCUUUUGAAACAAGAAACAUGAUCAAUAGGAAAAAUGUUCCUGAUAAAGAAGCAACAGCAAAUCAAUAUGAAAGCAGUGGAAUUUUAAAACCUUCAAAGAUACAUAGCCAAGUGACAACAAAUAAAGAAUGUACUUCGCUGGCAAAUAUUUCCAAUGAUAAUUCUGAAUCAACAGAUACUGUCUCGGAGAUAGAAAUGGAAACAAUGUCAUCGAUUCCAGAAGAAUACUCACGGUCUGCGUCAAUGAGCAAACUUGAAACUGAUGGUUACAAGUUUGAAAACAAGAAUGAUGUGCCAUAUAUACUUAAAGAAACUGCUAAAAUUGUGAAAGACUUUGCGGCUGGGGAGCCUGAAAUUUGUGAAUCUUCAAGUGCAUUAAAGAAAAAUCCAACUGCCGAAGAAGUGAAAAGCAAAGCAGAAGACAUUGCUAUUUCAAUUGAAACAGAAGAAAAGAAUACAAAAUAAAGUCCCUGGCUCCUUAAAUUAUUGAACUUUGAAGUGUGAAGAGAAACAAAUUGCAGUAAGUAAUGAAUGAAUACAACUGAAGUUUUCAGCAUAUGCAUUUUUUUACAGUUGAUUCUAUUUU